ACCUGAGCUACAGUACAGUAUGUGUUAUGUACAGAUUACAACAUACACAGGUUACAAUACUUUUAUUUGUUUUUCCCAUAAGUGAUUUAUUUUUAUCUCUGCUGUGAUGAUGGGAAAUAUAUAAUUGCAGCAGUGUAUAAAUGUCUGGGAACUGUUCUCUAAUCAAAACCCACAAAUGGAUAAACACACAACUCACAAUGUUUUCUAUUUUUUAAAAAGUCGGCAAAAAACAAAGUAAUAAAAUAGGUUAGUGUUAUAUAAGAUGUAGCGAAAGUCGCUUAAAGAUAGCAAAAGGUUAAAGUGUAAGAAAAAUUUUAAAAAAUAACUAGAAUUUAAGACUUUUUUUCUUCCAUGUAAUUCAGCAAAAAGUCUAAAAUAACUGCAAAACAAGAUUAAAAAAUAGCUUGGAGUAGAAUAAGAAAAUGGCAAAUAAUUGGCUGAAAAAGGAUAUUAGAUUUUACCAAACCUCACUGCAGGAAUAUUAGCCAGUCAGGAAAUAGCUACAUCAUUAUUAUAACUAUAACCAUUAUUGAAGUUUAUAUUGAUCGUGUAAUUUAUAAAUGUGUGAACAAUCCAGGGCUUUAAAUAAUAAAACAGAGCAUUGUUGUCCUUGAAAUGCUGUGUUGUUAGAAUCCUGCAGUACAAAGGAAUAUAUAAUGACUUCUAUCCCAUAAUACCACAAUAAAGAAACAAAAACAAUCUUAAUCCUAGCAUUAUAAUAAUACUGUCACAGUCAUGGAGUGUUCUUAUUUUCUUCAGACAAAUCCUAUCCUUGACCUUUGACCUCGUUGGCUUCUUUCCCUCUCAUUUACUGCUAUAAAUGUUUAACCAGAAACAGUGUCAUUGGUAAUAAAGCUGUGAGUGGAGGCUCAACCCCAUGUCCACACACUAAAAAUACCUGAAGGUAGUCUGACAAGAAAAAAAACAAAUCUGGAAUCCAGUUGGGCAAGAUCCUCAGGAGCAAAUAAUGAGUGACAAGGUGUCAGCAGUGCAGUAGCUGAAGUGUUUCACUGUACCACGAGCUCCUGAAGAACUCUACACAUGCUGCGUCACCAUGGAAUUUGCUUGUGGGUUUAUUUAUGUUCCUCCUGUGACACGGAAUGACGGCCAACGACCCGGUGUCACUAAACGCUCAGCUCUGCUUCCUCCUGUCAACCGAGUCCGUCCUCGCAUGCCUCCUCCUCCUCCUCCUCCGACAAACGACCCUAAAAACUCAAAGAUCUUCACAUCCACAACCAAGAUCCAGGAGCAGGUGGAAAAAAGCCAGGAGGUGAAAAAGCUGGUGAAGCCUGAGAGCAUUUAUGAAAAUGAAGAAUUCUACAGACAAACAGAGGCGGCCACUGCAACUGGUCAACAGCAGACGUUUCCACGAAAGACAGCUCUUCUUCCUCCGCACAUGAGGCCCGCAGCUAACAGCCGUGGAUCUCCGUCGCACGAUCAACCAAUCAACAGUCAGGUUUUCACCCAUGACUUGCCCCAGGGUGAGACAGAUCUAAUGCCUGAGUACGUGAUGGUGUUACCCUCCCGCCUACCUGAUUCGUCCUCUCAGAAAUCACCUUCAGUUGCCUCAGUGUCACCGUCAACUACCAGUAAAGAGUCAUCAGCAAAGGAUCCUCUUCCAGGGAAUCCUAAUGUGGUCUUAAUCAGUUUAGGAAAACUACUCUCAGAAGAAAAAGAGCAGGCCUUACGACAUAAACCCACCCUCUGUCCUCACUGUGGCUCUGUGCUGGACUCCUGUUAUUACAAUGUGGAGAAUCAGUGUCACUUCUGUCAGUUCUGGGAAUGGUCCAAUCUUCCACACCUACCUCCCAGCCUCCUCUUCUCUCUAAACCCGGAUGAGCCUCCCUGUGCUGCCGACCCCCUGCUGCUGUUCUGCAUCGACAUCUCUGGCUCCAUGAGCAUCACGUCCCAGGUGACAGUAAAAAACCAUGUGACUUACGAAUCUCGACUGGAGUUUGUCCAGGAAGCGGUGGUGCUGUGUGUUCAGAGACUGAGUGAACAGCAACCAGACAUUAGAGUGGGCCUCAUCACCUUCAACAACCACGUCAGGUUGCAUGGAUAUGGCAGUUUAGGAUCACAUAUCCUAAGUGGUGCAGAUUUGAUUGACAGCAACUGUAUCAAAGAGGCCGCAGCCAGUUUUCCCACUCCGCCUCCACUCUCACUGACCAAGGACUUCCUGCAGAGCCAAGUUAAGGGCUUAACUGAAAGUGGAACCACAGCUUUGGGCCCAGCUGCUCUACUGGCUGUUGCAAUGGCCUCCAGACAACCAGGGUCCAAAGUCAUUAUCUGUACAGAUGGGAAGGCCAACACAGGCUUGGGAAAUCUGGAAGAGGAGGAGAACGACGCCAGAACCCUCCUGUCGUCCACUAUCUUCUACCAAGACCUGGGGGAGUACGCCGCUAAUCAGGGUGUGACGGUGUCUGUGCUGUCCAUAGAGGGGACAGACUGUCGGCUGGAUGAGCUGGGGCGACUGGCUGAUCGGACCUCAGGGAGAGUGGUGAUAGCCAGUCCGAACAUGCUGCAUCAAGAGUUUGAAAACAUCAUUAUGAACAGGACCAUCGCCACACACUGCAGUGUCACAUUACUGCUGCCCAAGUCCCUGAGUGUGAGGGGAGAGAGGGAGUCUGCACACAAGGCCGUCAGAGAGGUGGGGAAUGUGGACCCAGACACUGAGAUCACCAUCCAGUUUGGAGCCAGUCAGCAUGACAGCCAAGUCUCACCACCAGCCUCUGGCAGCUGUGUGUCCAUCCAGCUGCAGAUCAGGUUCAGACAGAAGAAUGGACAGACCAGGCUCAGGGUGAUAACUGCAAACCGAGAUGUCACCGAUGACAGCUCCGCGGCCCUGUCCUCGCUGUCUCUGGCCAUCAUUCAGCUCAACUCGUCACAGGUCAGCGCCGCUCUGGCAGUCAGAGGUCGCUUCCUGGACGCCAGGAAAGAGGGAGAGCUGCAGAAGAAGCUGAUCGAGCGAGCCAUUGAGCACAAUCACAGUGUCAAAGAUAAAGAGACUUACCAGGACUGGGUUAAAACUAUGGAGCCCAUUUACAACAACAUUCAUGACAUUACACGGAGACAAUGUGUUAUGUCAGACUCACAGUUUCUCACAGACGCUGGUGCGGUGCUGCUCUACAACAUGAAACACUGCAACAGGAAGUCCAUUUCUGAGAAGAGAAGACAACAAACCUAGGCACCCUAAUGGUUCAUGGAGGCACAUUAGACUUGGUAAAAACGUUAACAAUGUGUUAGUCUACAUCUACUGUACAUCUCUGUUAUAAAAUAAAUCUGAUUGUUUUAUUCCUGGAGCAUUAAGCAGAGUCGCAAAUUUGAAACCAUCAGUAAGCUGCUUAAUAAUGCCAACAAAACACUACUACUCUGCAAAAGAUAGAGCUUUGAAUAUGAGCAUUUGCAUAUAUUAUACCACACUGCAUGUGUUUAUUCUGUUGAGUAAGGAAAGUUAUUCUGUCAAAGUCCUUUAGAUAAAAAACAGGCAAGAAAGAGAAAAAAAAGGUCUAAAAAACAACCAAUAUUAAAUUAUAUGAUAUGAUAACCACAGUUUAACAUCUUGUGAGGAUGUCUUUCCCCCAGAUAUGGAACCAUGAUAAGUGAACACAGCUUCUCUUUGUUCUGGUUCAAUCACAGAACCAUUUACCAGACCUGACUUUGCGUUUGGGAGUUAAAACACAAACCAGAGUCUAUAAUUACACCAAGAUUAAAAGAAAAGGGAAUCAAGAUGUUGGUCAUGUCUCUUUAUAUUCAUCAAAAACAGUGAACAUGAGGACAUGACCAGCAGCGCUCUAUUACAAUGAUGCAAAACUGCACUCCAAGACAGGGGACGAUGAUUAACAUGAUGCAAAUGGAAGCUUAAGCAUAAAUAAAUAGAUGUGUUUCUUCUCUGGGGCAGCCCUCGUGACAUGAACUCUCAACUCAGGGCAGAUGGUUGUUGUUUUGUAUGCACCAUCAUUCAGGAGGAUUCUGGAAAGAAACAAACAAAUGAAGCAGGACUCAAAGAAAAGUGACGCACAGCAGGUCUGUAAUAAAAGAAAUAAAAAAGUUUGGUUAAAAAUGAAUAAGGAAACUCUUGGGGAAAUUCCUUCAGUCCAUUUUCGAUCAUUUCUGCAGGUAGACAGAGCUGACAUGAAUCCAGAAAUGAAUUAAUUUGAUCAAAAUAAAUGUUUUGUGAGUUCUGUGAGUGCUGAAAUUAAAAAAUAUAGAAAUGACACAAUAACUAAAAGUAACUUUUUUGCCAAACUAGAUUACAUGAACUGCUAAAGGUAUGAACUUGGUGAUGUAUAGUAGAAAACAAAGGCAGUUUGUGUACAAAAAUAUAAUACUCUUUAUUCAUUGAUACCUUGACAAUUACAGUAGAGGGCAUUAGAACAAGGUAACACUAUAUCACGGUUUGUUCAUUACUAUAUUUUGGUUUGCAUAAAAUGCCAUAAUUAUCAGUUUGUGUGCCAUCGUUUGACCAGAGUCUGAAAAUACAUUUCAUGGGCAAUUAUUUAAAAUGCUGCUCAUGCAUACGAAAAGGAAGAAUACUGUAUGGAUAUAUGAAUACUUUUUUAUACAAGGUAUAUACAGUAUAUGUCAAGGUAGAACAGGGCUCACUGCUCAGGAAACAUAAAACAUUUUUAAUAAUCUUAUUUUUUUUAAAUACAGAGUUUUGGAAACUGUCCUGGAGCAAUUUCUUGUGAGAGUUGGCAGUUAAUGAAAUUAUCUUUGGAAACUGAAAAGGUGAAAAGAAUACUAUGAUGAGCUACACUUAAAAUACUAUAAAAACAAGUAACAAGUUGUUAAUGAUAUAUAAUUGCAAAAUUAAGACAAAU